AUGGCGGUGUCAUAUUUGAUUUUGUUUGCUGUAAUAUCUUAUGUCGUAGGCCAAGGACCCAAUCCAAUCGUUCGCGUGCACCACGGCUUAGUUCAGGGUUCGUGGAAGGAGUCAACGAAUGGAAGAACAUAUGCUAGUUUUCAGGGGGUACCUUACGCUCGCCCACCGGUAGGAAAAUAUCGGUUUAGGGAACCACAACAAUUGAAGCCAUGGACUGGUACCUGGGACGCCACACGUCCGCUCUCCGACUGCUUGCAGUAUGAGCCGUUCCUGAAACAAAUUAUUGGUGACGAGAACUGCCUUUUCCUUAACGUAUUCACGCCUAAGGCUAGCGCUGGUGCUAACUUACCAGUCAUCGUGUUCAUACAUGGGGGGGCGUUCAUGUAUGGUGGGGGCAAACUUUACGGCCCCGAGAACCUUAUGGACAGAGACGUUGUGGUCGUCACUAUCAAUUAUAGAUUGGGCCCACUUGGAUUCCUAAGCACUGGCGAUGAAGUUGCACCAGGUAACGCCGGCUUGAAGGACCAAUCGUUCGCUCUGGAAUGGGUAAAGAACAACAUUAUGAUGUUUGGAGGCGAUCCUGACAGCGUAACGCUUACUGGUUGCUCCGCAGGCGGCGCUAGUGUGCACUAUCAGUAUUUGUCUCCUAUGUCUAGAGGUAAAUUCAACCGUGGAAUAGCGUUCAGUGGCUCCGCAUUUAUGUCGUGGGCCAUAGCCCGAAAACCUGCUGAAAAGGCGAAGGCUCUAUCUUCUAUUGUCGGCUGUCCCACUCAUAACAACAAGGAGAUGGUGGAAUGUCUUAGGUACCGCCCAGCGGAGGUGAUCGUUAAUGCUCAGAUUGAGAUGUUUGAUUGGAAAGUCCACAUGUUCACACCAUUCACCCCCACUGUGGAGCCAAGUGGAUCUAAGUUCCCGUUCUUGACCCAAUAUCCUUAUCACGCAGCUAUGUCGGGCUCUAUUAAUAAUGUCCCACUUAUUGGGUCCGUUACCUCUGAAGAAGGACUUUAUCCCGCGGCAUACUACCAGACAGACCCCAGCAUUCUCAAAGACCUUGAAUCCAGGUGGGAGCACCUCGCCAGCAACAUCUUCGAAUACAACCAGACGUUGCCGAUGAGGCUUCGUGCCGAUGUUGCUGCAAAGAUAAAGCAACAGUACUUGGCUGGUAAACCAGUCAGUCAGGAAACCUUCGGAGACUUAGUUCAGGCUUUGGGAGACCGCCUCUUCGCAGUGGACGUUGGCAAGAUGGUGCAAGUCCAUGCUGCUAAGACUUCUCAACCAACAUACUUGUACCGUUACGCCUACAGAAGCGAGUGGAGUCUUUCACACUUGAUGGCGGCUAAAGAACAAGAUUAUGGUGUAAGUCACGCAGAUGACGUCAUGACGGUCUUCCACUUUGCUGAUACCAAGAUUGGAACGAGUGUUGAAGAUGUCAAGAUGAGAAACGCCUUGCUCGAUAUGAUCUACAGUUACGCUGCUACUGGAACACCAAAAAUACCGAAUGGCCCGCAAUGGUUGGAGGUGAAGCCAAAUUCUGCCGAACUCAACUACAUGGAAAUUGAUGCAUCAAAUAAAAUUGAAAUGAUGACCAGCUCCGAUUUUGGCCACAGAGCCUUCUGGGACAGCCUCGGUUUUAUAGAAAAUGAAAAUUAUCAUUUGAAUGUCAAAGACGAAUUGUAA